AUUGGGUGUAGAGCAUAUCAUAGUUCUCUUUGCCUAACUCACUUUACUAUUUUAUGGGGAUAUGAAGGUUUUUGGGAUCUGAGAUAGAUCUCUAUGGUUUUGACCAUGUUCCCUGAUUUCCUUCAUGCGAUUCAAGUGUAAGUUACUAAGUUGCAACCCAGCUGGGAUUUUCGCAGUACUUUUUAUUUUUGGAUUUCUAAACUUCUGUAUUCUGAUGAGUCAGAUCUAAUAAUCAGAGCUAAAGGACAAAGUAUUGGUAGGGAUUUUGUAGGGAAUCAUCUGCUUAUGUAGGCCUUAUGAUUUAAAAUUUCGGUUUGUAAUUUUGUAGCUGAAAACUUUCGAAAAAGUUUGUGAUUUUAAAUCUUUUUUCUUGUCCUAUUAUACCAUCAGUACCGUCCUUGGAUUCUACUUGGGCGAAAUCUCUUACUUAUAAAAAGAAAAGGCAACUGCUACUUGCUUUUUAGUACUUAAAUAUUAUUUUAGGCUCAUGGGGAAAACUAAUAUUCUUAGACAAAAAUGAUUAAUAUAUGUGGAUAUUAGAAGCUUAAUAUAGAAUAUGGACCCCAGUUGUACUGAUUCAAUCUAAACCUUGUUAUUAGAAAUUGUGGUAAACUCUUCAUGUCCCUUUUUUAUGCUCCCUGGUUUAUUUUAUUGGCUAGAAUGGGGUUCUGUUAAAUGAUAUUAGCAGAUCCCUGCAGAAUACAGUGUGAUCAGACUAGUCUCUUUGGUUGAAAAUAGUCAAAAUACCAGUGGUUGUUGCGAAGAAAAAUUACCAAUGUAUUUAAGCAUCAGUACACCAUGAAACUAGAUCUUGAGCCGGAAUCUCAAUCGUUUGUGUUCAACGACAAUGAUCAAAACCCUGCUGGAUACAAAUUACAAAACCAGAAAGUGAAGGAAUAUGAGGAUGAAGUCUCUACUUAUUUAAAGAAUAAUGAACAGGGUUUAGAUUCAUUGCAAUGCGACAUGGAGUCAGCUGAUUGUAUGGCUACACCAAAACUUGAUUUUUCUAACAGCAUGAUUGAUUUGAGAAAUGAUUAUAAAGCACAGGUAAGGGAUUUAGUUGAGCCAGUAUCUCAUUCUUCCAAGGAUAUAGAGUCAUUUAUGAAGUUUCCAAAUGAUAUAGAAUCAGUUAGAAGGUCCCCUACUUCACCGAUGUCUAAUCCUCUCGGAGAAAGAGACUUGUUUGAGAAUUCAGUAGAUGUCUAUAUGGAUAAAACUAUUACAGAAUGUGAACCAGAUCUAGAAGUUUGUUACAAAGAGAGUAAUUAUCAUCUUGUCAAGGACAUCUGUGUUGAUGAAGGAGUCCUUACCAAGGAUAAGAUCAUGUUUGUGAAUAAUGUCGAUGAAAAGGCCCACAAUAUCUUCCAUUCUGAGAGUUAUGAAAACAAAGAAAAGCUGAUAGACAAUACCAGUAUCAGUGUACUAAACCUACCACCAACUCAGGAGUCUAACCAGGUUUCUACUAAUUGUAAUCAGCCUAAGGAUUUGAUGCACAAAGAAGAGGAUGAAACUGGAAAACUUUCUGGUAAUGUCAACAAAGAAAUAGUUUUACCCGAGGAUAAGAUUUUGCUGCAAGAUUUACUCGCUGGGGAUUCUGUACCUUCUGAUGACAUGGAUGAACAGAUCUCUGGUGAGCGUGAAUUGCACUCUCAAUCUGAAGAUUCUAAAAUUACGGUUGAGGAAGCAGUAUUGUCAAGUUCCAGUUUGGCAUCAGGAGACAGUGAACCAAAUAGUGAUAGCAUGCUUGUAGAGAAUGAAACCUUCAAUCAACAAAUUGAUCCUUCGGCUCCUGCAGAUUGUGCUGAAAAGGAAUGUAACCAAGUUGGUGACAGUAAAUGUGAUGAAACUCAACAUAGUUCCAAGCUUGUAGAAGGGAAGUCUGAUGAUCAGGGUACAAUCAGUCACGUCCGUCACAGCUUAGGCGAGUCAAGUUUCUCAGCAAUAGGCCCCGUGUCAGGUCGAAUAAGUUACUCAGGGCCUGUACCUUAUUCUGGUAGUAUCUCUCUCCGAUCGGAUAGCAGCACUACAAGCACGCGGUCCUUUGCAUUUCCCAUACUGCAAUCUGAAUGGAAUAGCAGCCCGGUCAGAAUGGCGAAAGCUGACAGAAGGCAUUACCGGAAGCAUCGGUGUUGGAGGCAGGGCCUUCUUUGCUGUAAAUUCUAAGAUUAGUUUCUUUUUCUUAAUAGGCCAAAAUUCAUAUAUAGCAUUAAAAAUUUCUGCUUGAGUAUCAUGCUUAUACAUCUCCCUAGCUGUUCACUAGUGUGCAGUAGGUUUAAAAUGGCCAGUCAGUGCUCAUGUAUGUCUGCAGGCAAAAGUAUUAGAUUUUAGCUUUGCUUGCAUCUGCUUGUUCUUUUAUUUUUGCCUAUACAUGGUUUCAUUGAUUUUUUAUUUCAUUUCAUUUGCAAAAAAUUCCUAGUACAUAUUACUUUUGCAUCAUUUAAUGUGCAACAAAAGGCUCUAAAAUUUGAAGUUAGCUCAUUUAAUCUGAUUUUGUUAAGAAUCUAAUUUAAAAUGUUGCAUAUGUUAUGAGAGAUUGGCAUAAUAUUAUUAAAAGUUUCU